UCCUUCUGCAUUUGACAGCACAAAACAAGGGCCACCAUGCCAACUGUUGUGGUCAUUGAUGUGUCCCUCUCCAUGACCCGGCCGGUCUCCAUUGAAGGCUCUGAAGAGUAUCAGCGGAAGCAUUUAGCAGCCCAUGGUCUGACAAUGCUUUUUGAACACAUGGCUACCAACUACAAAUUGGAGUUUACCGCCUUGGUUGUGUUUUCAUCUCUUUGGGAGCUGAUGGUCCCCUUUACAAGAGACUAUAACACUCUACAGGAAGCUUUGAGUAAUAUAGAUGAUUAUGACAAAACGUGCUUGGAGUCAGCCCUGCUAGGAGUUUGCAGUAUCGUGCAGCAAGAAUGGGGCGCUGCCAUUCCUUGCCAGGUUGUCCUGGUCACAGAUGGCAGCUUGGGCAUCGGCAGGGGCUCCCUCCGCCACUCUCUGUCCACACUCAGCCAGCGGAGUGAAAGCAACCGGUUCCCGCUGCCUUUUCCGUUCCCGUCCAAGCUGUACGUCAUGUGCAUGGCUAACCUGGAAGAGCUCCAGAGCUCCGAUUCGCUAGACUGCCUUGAACGGCUGAUUGACCUAAAUAAUGGAGAGGGGCAGAUUUUUACCAUCGAUGGACCCCUUUGCUUGAAAAAUGUGCAGUCGAUGUUUGGGAAGCUAAUAGACGUGGCAUAUACACCCUUCCAUGCCGUUCUGAAAUGUGGCCACUUGUCUUCAGACGUCCAAGCUUUCCCGAGACCGGAGCCGUUCAUUAUAGAUGAAGAAAUCGAUCCAAUCCCUAAAACAAUUAAUACAGAUCUGGAAAUUGUUGGCUUCAUUGACAUAGCAGAUAUCGCCAGCCCCCCGGUCCUGUCCAGACACCUGGUGUUGCCUAUCGCACUCAACAAAGAAGGAGACGAGGUGGGUCCAGGGAUUGCUGAAGACGUUGAAGACGAGAACUCAGCCAAUCAGAUUGCGGGAAAGAUCCCCAACUUUUGCGUGCUCCUUCACGGAAGUUUGAAGGUGGAAGGGAUGGUGGCUGUUGUGCAGCUCGGACCCGAAUGGUAUGGAAUGCUCUAUUCUCAAGCCGACAGCAAGAAAAAGUCCAACCUAAUGAUGUCUCUCUUUGAGCCAGGACCAGAGCCACUUCCUUGGCUGGGCAAGAUGGCCCAGCUCGGUCCCAUCUCAGAUGCAAAGGAGAACCCGUACGGGGAAGAUGACAACAAGAGCCCCUUCCCUUUGCAGCCCAAACACAAACGAAGCUACGCUCAGAACGUCACGGUGUGGAUUAAACCAAACGGUCUGCAGACUGACGUGCAGAAGAUACUCAGGAAUGCAAGGAAGCUCCCUGAGAAAACGCUGACCUUCUAUAAGGAACUAAACCGGCUGCGAAAGGCCGCCUUAGCCUUUGGGUUUUUGGACCUGCUGAAAGGGGUGGCGGAUAUCCUGGAGAGAGAGUGCACUCUUCUGCCUGACACGGCGCAUCCCGACGCGGCCUUCCAGCUCACUCAUGCAGCCCAGCAGCUCAAAAUGGCGAGCUCCGGAUCCUCCGAGUACGCGACUUACGACCACAACAUCACACCACUGCAGACCGACUUCUCUGGCAGCGGGACGGAGCGGAUGUGAUGAGAACUUGGGUAGAGACUCUGUGGAGAAUUCCCGUUCUAGUCGGUGUCGAGACUGCUUCCCUCACCCAGAUUGGAUUUUUAUUAAACUUUGCUCCAUU